AUUCCAAAAAUAACAACAAACCAUCUCACUUAAACCCCAAAUAAUAAAAAUAAAAAUAUCGUCUUUACUCUUUAUCCCUCCUCACUCGCACACUGAAACCCUAGCUAUCUACACCGCCGCGUGCUCUCUCUUCCAAGCAAACAGCGCUGCCGCAGGAGAGGUUUUCGACUCGUUUGAGAAGUAACCAGUUGAAGCAGAGGAAGAGUCAAGAUGGCGCGGAAAGGUUUGAUGGAACAAGAUUUAAGUAAACUGGACGUGACAACGUUGCAUCCACUCUCUCCUGAAGUUAUAUCGCGGCAGGCAACCAUUAAUAUAGGUACUAUUGGUCAUGUGGCACAUGGGAAGUCUACUGUCGUCAAAGCAAUUUCCGGUGUUCAGACGGUUCGUUUUAAAAAUGAGUUGGAGCGUAAUAUUACAAUAAAGCUUGGAUAUGCAAACGCAAAGAUAUACAAGUGUGAAGAUGAGCGGUGCCCUCGGCCUAAGUGCUACAAGGCAUAUGGAAGUGGAAAGGAAGAUAAUCCUAUGUGUGAUGUAGAAGGGUUUCAAAACUGCAGGAUGAAUUUGCUGAGACAUGUCUCUUUUGUUGAUUGCCCGGGUCAUGACAUUCUUAUGGCUACAAUGCUUAAUGGAGCAGCAAUUAUGGAUGGUGCAUUGCUGCUCAUAGCUGCAAAUGAGAGCUGCCCCCAACCACAGACUUCUGAACAUCUUGCUGCUGUUGAAAUUAUGCGUCUCCAACAUAUUAUAAUUCUUCAAAAUAAAGUGGAUCUUAUUCAGGAAAAUGCAGCCAUCAACCAGCACGAGGCUAUUCAGAAAUUUAUUCAGGGAACUGUUGCUGAUGGUGCACCAGUUGUGCCAAUUUCUGCUCAGCUAAAGUAUAACAUAGAUGUUGUGUGUGAGUAUAUUGUUAAAAAGAUCCCAAUUCCGGAGAGGAACUUUACCUCACCACCUAACAUGAUUGUUAUUCGAUCUUUUGAUGUCAACAAACCUGGAUACGAGGUUGAUGAGAUAAGAGGUGGUGUGGCUGGUGGAAGCAUCCUCAGGGGUGUUUUGAAGGUCAAUCAAUUUAUUGAGGUCCGUCCUGGGAUCAUUGUUAAGGACGAGGCUGGGAACAUGAAGUGCACCCCAAUAUAUACUAGAAUAGUGUCAUUAUAUGCCGAGCAGAAUGAGCUACAAUUUGCCGUGCCUGGAGGUCUAAUUGGUGUUGGCACAACCAUGGACCCCACUUUGACACGUGCUGAUAGACUUGUGGGUCAAGUUCUUGGUGAUGUUGGCUCACUCCCUGAAGUUUUUGGUGAGCUUGAGGUGAAUUUCUUUCUUUUGAGACGGCUUAUUGGUGUCAGGACAAAGGGCUCAGAGAAGCAGGGAAAGGUUUCGAAGCUGACCAAGGGAGAGAUUCUUAUGUUGAACAUUGGGUCCAUGUCAUCUGGUGCUCGAGUUCUUGCUGUGAAGAAUGAUUUGGCAAAACUACAACUUACUUCUCCAGUCUGCACCAGCAAGGGUGAGAAGAUCGCAUUGAGUCGCCGAGUGGAGAAGCACUGGCGUCUCAUUGGGUGGGGUAUGAUUCAAGCCGGAACCACCAUCGAAGUCCCACCUUGCCCCCUCUGAGUGUUUUUAAACAGGUAGACAGCUAGAGAAAAUCAGAGUGAAAACAGCAUAAGAAAGGCUUUUAUCUAAUAUGUGGGAAGGUAGGCAGUUGAAUGGAUCUUUUUUUUUUCCAGUGCAGAAGAAAAAACAUGAUCUGAAUGGCGCCUAUCAUUGUCCGUGUUCUGUUUUUUCCUUAAUAUUCCAAUUUUUUUGCACGAGUCUUGUUGAAUUAUAUUAUUCUGGCGGGUUCUCAAGGAGUAAAGAUGAAAAUACAAUGUUUAUCGAGAA